AUGGCUGCUCAGGUCACAGGCCUAGGCUCGGACUCGCUCGCUGUCCAUGAUAUCGAGCCUGUCACCACCAUUAGGCAAAGUGACCCAGUUGCCUAUGAGAAGCCCCAGCAAAGUGUCAUCCCCGAGUCGUACGACCUCGGUGCGGGUGACGAAGACCCAACCACUGAUGAGCUUCAUGGCCGCAACGCGUUGCGUCGCGUCUCAGCUCCUAUUCCCUGGGUCGUGUACACCGUUGCAUUUGUUGAACUGUGCGAGCGUUUCUCCUACUAUGGAACCCAGGUUCUCUACUCUAACUUCGUCAACCAUGCACUUCCUCUUCCUGCCCCAAAUGGCCCUCCCGGAUCGAACCACGCAACUGGGGCUGGUGGCCCUAGCUCCCAGGGUGUAUCUGGUGCUUUAGGUAAGGGUAUUGAAACUGCCAGCGCCAUUAACACCUUCAACACCUUCUGGUGCUACUGCCUUCCCCUAGUGAGUGCCUACAUCGCUGAUGAGUACUGGGGACGGUACAAGACCAUCUCCUGGUCUAUUGGUGCCUCUAUUCUAGGUCACAUCAUUCUAGUUGUCUCUGCCAUCCCACCAGUGAUCACAAACACCAAUUCUUCCUUUGCUGUGUUUGUCCUGGGUGUCAUAAUCAUGGGUUUGGGGACUGGUGGCUUCAAGCCCAACAUAUCCGCCCUGGUUGUCGAGCAGAUCCCUGCUGUCAAUCUCAAGGUGCGUACACUUGAAUCCGGUGAGCGUGUUAUCAUCGACCCGACUAUCACCCAAAGCCGCAUCUACCACUACUUCUACCUGUUCAUCAAUAUCGGCGCAUUGAUGGGUCAGAUUGGCAUGGCCUAUGCAGAGAAGUAUAUCGGCUUCUGGUUGGCAUUCCUGCUGCCCACCGCCAUGUUCCUGACUACCCCAUUCAUCAUGUGGUGGGGUCGCAAGCGUUAUCGCCAGUCACGGCCGGCAGGCUCAGUGACCUACAAGGCCAUCAAGACAUUCUUGUUCUGCAUGCGCAACCGCUGGCAUUACAACCCAUACAUCUUCUGGAAGCGAACGCACGAUGGCACUCUCUGGAACACCGCGAAGCCCUCUAACAUCGAGCCCCAAUUCCGACCCAAGUGGAUGACCUUCGACGAUGCAUGGGUGGACGAAGUGCGCCGUGGAUUUGCCGCUUGUGCUGUUUUUUGCUAUUUCCCGGUCUACUGGCUAGCCUACAACCAACUGACAAACAAUCUCACCGCACAGGCCGGCACAAUGACCUUGAAAGGCGUUCCGAACGACGUUGUGAACAAUCUUGACCCCUUGGCACUGCUGAUCUUCGUCCCGCUCUGUGACAUCUUCUUAUACCCGGGGCUGCGCAAAAUGGGCAUUCACUUCACGGCCAUCAAGAAAAUCACCCUUGGUUUUUUGCUCGCAUCACUUUCUAUGAUAUGGGCUGCUGUCAUCCAGUACUACAUCUACCUGACUUCACCGUGCGGUUACCGAGCUAACAAUUGUUACACUGACGACGGCAGUGUCAACCCGUCUCCUAUCAUUGUCUGGGCCCAGACUGGUUCGUAUGUCCUGGUUGCGAUAUCGGAGAUCUUUGCCAUCAUUACCUCGAUGGAGUAUGCCUACUCCAAGGCCCCUCGCAAUAUGCGUUCUCUCGUCCAAGCGAUCAAUAUGUUCACCAACGCCAUCUCCGCUGCCAUCGCCGAGGCUUUGAUAACGCUUUCCAGGGACCCUCUGUUGAUCUGGAACUACGCCGUCUUCGCUAUCUUGACCUUUGUGGGAGGAACCUUGUUCAUUAUCCAGUUCUGGGGUCUGGAUAAGGAGGAGGAUGAGUUGAACAACUUGCCCGAGGGUCAUGUGCAGGCUAACGAGACCACGGAGGAACAGGCAGAGUUUGAACAUGCCGAGAUUGGCCCUAGUCGUGGCUGA